AUGAACGGCCACUUUGCUGCCGUGGGCGACAAGCCCGCUGGCGGAAGCUUCGAGCACGGUGUCCAAGUCAUUGACGAGGACAAGGAAUUCAAUGAGAACCUCAACGACUACCUGCAGACCACAAAUGUCGCCGACUCGGGCUUCAACUACCACCUGAUUUCCGUCUUCGGCUCCCAGUCCACCGGCAAGUCGACCCUUUUGAAUAGUCUCUUUGGCACCGAGUUCUCCGUCAUGUCCGAGACGGAGCGUCGCCAGACCACAAAGGGCAUCUGGAUGUCCAAGAACAAGCGCGAGGAAAGCGGCGGCGCAAAGAUGGCCGACAACAUUCUCGUCAUGGACGUCGAGGGGACCGAUGGUCGCGAGCGCGGCGAGGACCAGGAUUUCGAGAGAAAAAGUGCGCUCUUUGCCCUGGCCACCAGCGAGGUCCUGAUUGUCAACAUCUGGGAGCACCAGGUGGGGUUGUAUCAGGGGGCAAACAUGGGCUUGCUCAAGACCGUUUUCGAGGUCAACCUGCAACUAUUUCUCAAGGAUAAGCAGUCAACACCGCGAUCAUUGCUCUUCUUCGUCAUUCGAGACCACCUCGGCACGACUCCCCUGGCCAACCUUCGCACCACACUGAUACAAGAUCUCACCAAGAUUUGGUCCACCAUCUCAAAGCCCCAGGGCCUCGAAAACGCUCGAAUUGAAGACUACUUCGACUUUGGAUUCGCUGCGCUGCCCCACAAGAUUCUCCAGGCCGACAAGUUCACCAGCGAGGUUGACAAGCUUGGUUCGAGAUUUACGGCGGGCCACAAGGGCCACAAGGGCAGCGACCACGAGCUCGAGGGCGGGGUUUUCCUUGCCGAGUAUCACCGCAGAAUUCCCGCCGAUGGCUUUUCAGUCUACGCCGAGGGUAUCUGGGAUCAGAUUGUGAACAACAAGGACCUCGACUUGCCCACCCAGCAAGAGCUGCUGGCGCAGUUUCGAUGCGACGAAAUCUCGCGCGAAGUGUUGGUGGCGUUUGAUCUUAUUGUGGCCCCCCUUGAAGAGCAGCAAGGCGAGGCGACCAAGCUCGGAAAGAUUUUGGUCCUCCCCGACCUUGGUGGUGUCGGUAGCGAUGCCCGAGGAGCGCUCCUGCGCGCCUUUGAGACGCAAGCCAGCCGGUACCACAAGGGCGUGUAUACGCGCAAAAGACUAGAGUUGGAGUCCAAGGUCGAUGCGAGACUCAAGGCGCUAUACAUGGGCCAACUGGCGGCCGCGCACAAGGCCGGCGUUGGUGCAUUCAGCGACGCCGUGUCCAACAAGGUCAAGGCGGGGCAAAAGGCGGGCGGCGGCUACGAGUUCGCCGAGAUUGUCGCCAGCGAGAAGAAGAAGACGCUGGACAUUUUCAAGAGUGAAGCGCAGGGGCUCGCCAUUGAGGAUCUUCCGUGGACCAACUUUAAGCCCCAGUAUCAGCUGUUUGAGGCCGAGCUCGACGAGGUCAGUGGGAAGCUGCGCAAGGAAGAAAUGCGGCGGCUUGCGACCAGAGUCGAGCGCUGGGUCAAGUCUCGUCUCGGAGAGGCCAUUGGGCUCGAAUUCAACAAGCUCGGCUCGGGGCGAGCAGGCAUGGGUGCUCCAGAGACUGGCGACAAGCCUAGCGAGAAGGAUCUCUGGGACCGUGUUUGGAACGUCUUUGCCGGCAUCGUCAAGGAGGCCGAGGGCCGCUUCGCUGACCGUGCCAGGAGCUUUGACGCCAGCGAUGACGAGGCCGAGGUUGGCAUGUGGCGUUUGCGUCGCAAGAGCUGGGUAGGACUCCGCGAGAAGAUUGAGGAAGAGGUCAUGGAGGGCAACAUCCUGCUCAAGCUGCGCGAGAAUUUCGAGGACAAGUUCCGGUACGAUGAGGCGGGCGUCCCUCGGAUAUGGCGGCCGACCGACGACAUCGAGGGCAUCUACACCAAGGCGCGGGAGUCGACCCUCACGCUGAUCCCGCUCCUGUCCAGGUUCCGUCUCUCUACGACAUAUGCGCCCCCGGAUCUGGUGAGCUUUAUUGGAGGCCAGCCCGCCGGUGUGGAGGUGGGUGACGAGGAGGAUCUGAGCCCCAUUGGCGGCGUUGAUGAGGAUGAGGGCAAGAGCCUCGAGGAGGAGAUGACGGUGCUGAGCGAGGGUAAACGGCAGGACUUGGUUGUCCGGUUCAAGAAGACGGCGGACGGUGUCUACGUGGAAGCCAAGCGCAGUGCGAUUGGAGGCGUGGCUCAAAUCCCGUGGCCUUUUUAUGCGCUGCUCCUGGCGUUGGGGUGGAACGAAAUAUUCAUGGUCUUGCGAAACCCCUUCCUCUUCAUUUUCCUCAUCAUGCUUGCGGGCGGCACGUACGUGGCGUACACGCUCAACCUCCUGGGACCAAUGAUGCAAAUGAGCAACGCGGCCGUCAACCAAGGCGUCGAAAUUGCCAAGCAGCAGCUGCGUGAUUUCAUUGCCAAUUCAGAGGCGGCGCGCUCGGCUUUGAACGUCCCCUCUGCACCUGCGUACAGUGAGCGUGAGAGCAUCAGCAUGGAUACCCUUGACGGACAGGGCAGAAAGGCAUCGCCAUCAGAGGAGGUUGAUGACAUUUGA